AUGUCCUCCUCGAAUUCGCCUUGUGCAGCUUGCAAGUUUUUACGCCGUAAAUGCACGCAAGAAUGUGUUUUUGCACCAUAUUUCCCACCGGACCAGCCUCAGAAAUUCGCCAACGUACACAAGGUAUUUGGAGCCAGCAAUGUAGCCAAAAUCCUUAACGAGCUAAACACUACCCAACGAGAGGAUGCUGUUAAUUCAUUGGCCUAUGAGGCUGAGGCACGGCUCAGGGACCCGGUUUACGGCUGUGUCGGACUAAUCUCAAUUCUCCAGCACCGGUUAAAGCAAGUCCAGAGUGAUUUACACAAUGCGAAAUUAGAAUUGGCUAAUUACAUUGGCCCUUCUGCSAUGUUGCCUAUUUUGAAUCCAGGGUUUAUCCCACAAAUCCCAAACAUGCCAUCAUCUUCGGUGCCGGUUUUACCGUACAACAUGCAGCCAAUGAUGGGCAUGCCGGGACCCGGAAAUUUCCGAGACUCACAGCAUCAUCCGCAGAUACUUGAGGCGCAGCAACAGCAACUGGUGGCUGUUGCUAAUCCUAGGGAACAACAGGAUAUGUUAAGGAACUACGAGCAGCAGCAGCAUCCGCAACAACAACCACAACAACAGCAGCAGUCAUCGGCUGAUCUGGUCAGGUUUAGUGGCGGGUUUGAGGCUCCUGGCGGGUCUGGGCAGGUGACUGGGGGCGGGUUCUGCCCCAUGACGGCUCAGGCAGCCAUGUCACCAUCUUUAGCGUUAGGUAGUUCUUAUGUUAAUAACAUGUAUCAGAUCCAACAGCAGCAGCCACAGCAAGAACAAAAUCAUCACCUCCACCACCAUCUUCAACCACAUCAACUUUUGCUGCCGCAUGAAAGUCAGCAGCCACCGCCGGCGCAGAGAGCCGCCAGCGAGGAGGAUCGGAACGUUGCUCCUUCGUGUUGAUUUUGGUCAUACUCUCGCUCCGCA